GGUGUGGCCACUGUAAGAAGAUGAAGCCGGAGUAUGAUGAGGCCGCCGAAUUCCUCAAUAAAGACCCAGACAGCCCCGGUGUGCUGGCUGCCCUGGACACCACCAUCCACAAGUCGGUGGGCGAGCGCUUCAAGAUCUCCGGCUUCCCCACGGUCAAGUACUUUGAGAAAGGAGAGGACAAGUACACCCUGCCCCAGCUCCGCACCAAGGACAAGAUCAUCGAGUGGCUGCAGAAUCCCCAGGCCCCUCCGCCUCCGGAGCAGUCUUGGGAGGACAGGCCGUCCAGCGUCAGCCACCUGGGAGCUGAGGACUUCAGGGAGGCGCUGAAGAAGAAGAAGCACGCCCUGGUCAUGUUCUAUGCCCCUUGGUGCCCGCACUGCAAGAACGCUGUCCCCCACUUCUCCACGGCCGCCGAUCUCUUCAAAGAGGACCGCAAGAUUGCCUACGCUGCGGUGGACUGCACCAAAGGACAAAAUCAUGAGUUGUGCAAGCAGGAAAGUGUGGAGGGUUACCCAACUUUCAACUACUACAACUAUGGCAAAUUUCAUGAGAAAUAUAAUGGAGACAGAGGGGAGGCUGGCUUCAUUGGCUUCAUGCGCAGCUUGAGGGGGCGGGACCAAGAGAAGGUUGGCAAGCGGAAGGAGGAGCUUUAAGAGUGGUUGUGGCCCAAUCAGGGGGUUGGGGAGGGGCAAGCCUGCCAUUGCACUGUGACCUGGGCAGGAGCUCCCCACCUCAGCACUGACAUCAGAGACUUGAAAAAUCUCAGCUGAAAAAAGGCUAUUUUUGUAUACAACGGUGCCCUUACCUUUGUAAUACCAGUGUCAAACCAUCACACCACUUUGGACAUGUUUUUUUUUUUUUGUUUGUUUGUUUGUUUUAUUUCGUUGUUUGAUUUAUGAAGCAUUUUGAUGUGAUCAUGAAAGAGAAAUAAGUAUUCCCAAAUACUGUGACUGCAAAUAUCAAACCUACAUCUUUUAUCUAUGCAAUAGCCAUCUCCAGGCCCAAAGGCUUUAAGAUGUGGGUGGCCAUCUUUGAUGAGGGGAUCGGCCAUGUUGCUUUGCCACAUAACGCCCACAGUGAUCCUUCAUCAGGACUCCUCAUCACUGUCCCCCCCCUUCCUCUGAAGAACAAUACAAAUAUACAUGUCCGUUAUCAAAUAUUUUUAUACUGAAAUAUCAUAUUAGGUGUCGAUUAGAAAUACAAAACAGGAAAAAAGUAUGACGAAAAGAACUUGUAGCUAAAAUCUGUGGCCUUAAUGAAUGUUUAAGCUAAACAAAAUGUGCGGUGAUCACUGAACGAAAUCAGUCCAAAUCAUUUCAAAGAUCAGACCUAUUGACUAGGUGUGUUUUUAUGCUGGAGCCAUCAUAUUCCUCAUUAUAUUUUGUUAGCUAUGGAAAAACAAAAAUUAGGUCAUAACUUGUAACUUAAUGCCAAAAAGUUAGUGGGCAAUUGCGAUGCCAAAUUCAUAUCCAUUUCCUGUUCAGGGUGGAAGAGAUCCUGCAAUAUGUGUUCCCUAUCCUGGUGAAUUGACAGAACUCUUGUGUUUAUAAAGUCCUUAUCAACACUGCUUGUGAUCAACUUUUACCAUUGUAUGUAAAGCCAGUAAAUACCACAGCCAUGUUUUGUGUACAUGUAGGUGCACAUAUCAAAAGCCAAGGCUUGUAGUGCUUUUCCCUCCAGCAGCUGGAUGCUUUAGACUCCCAUGUCCAUUGCAAGGAGCUGCACCUUGCUCCCUUUGCUGCUGGACAUCUGUGCACUCGGACUCGCUGAGAUCUACUGAAGCUCAGUUGGUUGGGACAACCGUAGGGCAGACAAUCAAGGAACAUUCUUGUCUCGUUUAACCAGGCCAUCAAGUUCAACACAUCCUGGUGGUUGUGUCUGUAGGACUAGUUUAACCCCCAUGAUGUGCUCUCUGCUGUUACCCCCCCUCCUCCCUGUCUUCGCCUGUUGUGAAAGAUGUUGAGCUUGUGAAGUGUCUGUGCAUCCUAGCAUGCCCAUGUGGGUGCGGUUUGAGAAUGUACAUCUCCCAGCCGUGAUGUGGUGGUAGUGACUCAAAAUUGCAGCCUGCUGGAAGUGUUCCUAGUGUUAAGACAUUAUACAUAUUUUAAAGACCAUAUCUGUAGCUGAACUUUUCUUUUGUAUUUUUCAGGAGUUUGGUUUCAUUAUGAAUAAGAUUCUCAGGGAUCACCAAACACAAUUAAGAAAGGGAGCAGGCGAGCAGCGUGAUUUGCAUUCCAGCUGGAUGUUGCAGAGCCCUAGUUGCCGAAAUGAAAUAGUUGUUUACAUUUGUCUUACAGCGGAGAGAACAAAAUGUGUAGAUAGAGGGGGGUAUGGUUUACAUUCCUGAGUUGCGGCAGUGCAGAAAGUAUUAAAUAAAACAGUAAGAGCCAAGGAAAGCAGGAAAGCUGAUGUAUAUUGUUCUGGGUCUAUGAUUAACAAAAGAAAGAGAGAGAGAGAGAGAGAAAGAAAAAUCCGUCUUUCAAUGGCAAACCAUGUGCUGUCCUCAUACACUGUUAUUAGAUGAGAUGUGUUUCUGUGCUGAUUCAGGGUUUACGUGUUGUUAGUGUGGCAUCUGUUGUCACUGCAUUGUCCUCUAGCGAUGGUUACUAGUUUUUUGAAGCUUAUAACUGAUUACUAGACCAGCACAAGGAAGGAGAGCCUGUAACCACAGCAGGAGAGACGAGCCCUUUGAUACAGUAUGGUGUUGGGAUAUUGGGAGUCUUUCAGAAGCAGGACCACAGGCGCCAAAGCGGAAGCCCGUCUGUUUUAUCCCAAAGAUCUCCAUAUCAGGGGGAUGCCACACUAAUGCCAAGAAGUCUGUGUCGCCUUUGUUUGAUUUCCGCUCCCAGCCAUGUGUGCAGAUCUGCCCCUAGAAAUGACCACCUUAAGUAAAAUAAAGAAAACAUACAUUUCCAACA